GGAACUUCUCCCAUCAUGCACGUAAAAGAAAGAUGUCUGCCCCCACGAAGAUGUAGAGAAGUGUCACAGCAUUCCUUGGUUUUAUUGUUUUUCUGAAUUUAUUUAUGAGUUGAAAUGGAAUCUUUAUUCAACGUUAACAGAAUUCCUGACAGCAGAACAAAGUUGAUGACAGCUUUGUAUUUUCCAUUUGGCUUAGCACUGGUCAUCAUUAGACUCUUCAUUACACUCCACGCUCUACUGGUUACAUGUUUAUUGCCAAAAUGUGCUGCAACAAGCUUCAUUUUAAAAACAAUAUUUGGAGUUAUUGGAAUCCAAGUUAUCAUUCAAGAAGAUGGAAGAAAAGACAAAGAUGCCAAAGUGAUUGUGUCCAACCAUGUGUCAAAUUUAGAUCACAUGAUCAUUGAUUUCAUCAUUGCAAACAUUACACCUGACAUUGUGGGCCUCUCCUCUUUUAUGCAAUGGUUGACUGGCUUCAAAGACUUUGGUUCUUCCAAAGGUGCUGAUGUGUUGGAGGAUAAUAUCAGAAAAUUUGUCGGAGAGUCAAAGUUUCCAGUGCUUCUCCACCCAGAAAAGGCCACAACUAAUGGAGCAGGGCUUCUGAAGUUUAUGUCAUUUCCUUUUAGUCUUGGAAAAGUUCAACCAGUAGCAUUACAAGCAACUCGGUGGCCGAUGACAAUGGCUGUGACCACCCUCACCAGCAAUAUCUAUCAGGACUUCCUCUGGAGUCUAUUUGUACCGUACACAAUUUACAAAGUCAAAUUGCUACCAGAGGAAGAAUGUAGAGAAGGAGAGAGUGUGGAGGAGUUUGCUGAGAGGGUCAGGAAGAACAUAGCUGACUCUCUGGGUGUCCCCCUGACUGAGUUCACCUGGUCCGAUAAGCAGGAGUUUGUAAAGAGACUGGAGGAGGAGGAGAGAGCUCGCAGACAGGAAGAGCAGAGAAAAGCAAUGCAAAAGUCAACAGAAUCCCUUCCUUCAAACAGAAGUGUCUCUGACCCAGAGUUACAGAGGAUGGUUCAACAGGUGCAGGACGUCCUACCGGACAUACCUGCUCCUGCCAUCCUGAAGGAUCUAGAGAAAACGCGAGAAGUGGACCAGACCAUCACAAACAUACUGGAGGGUAAAGUCUUAUCUGAAACGACUGAACAAUCCAAGAGCAAUUUGAUGGACAUCAGAAAGAAAAUAAACUUAGAUAUAGCACCAUCACAACAGAAGUAUGGUGAUACCACAUUCCACAGAGUGGCUUCAAAUCGUAUGCUUUCUCUGGAAGAACGUAAACAAAUAAUGCUGGAAACUGCGAGGCAGCGAUAUAAGGAAAAGCAUGGUCUUGUUUAGCAACGCGAGUGUAGAUUAGAUAUUUAACAAAUUCACAAAUCUCUGUUUCCUUUUUCUGAAUCUUGUUUAUUCUUGGAUAAAAUAUCAUGGUUGACAUUCUCAACUGGAUUAAAAACCUUAUUUUCUCUCUCCGUCCACAAAAGGAAUUUCUUUUUCAGAUCUCUCAUGUCAACCUAUGGUAAAACAUUUACUCUUUAUUUCAGAUACAUGUAUGUAGACUUAAUUUCAAGAUGUUGAAGACAAAGAUGGUUAAGUUAAUUGUGUUCACAUAAUGUCUAGGUCAAAUAUUAUUUUUAUACAUGUAGUUACAAAUGUUAACAAGUCAAUGUAACAAUUCUGUAUUAUUGACAUGUAGGUUUCUUAACUAGCACACAUAGUUAUUUUAUACAUUUUCUGGUUUCAUUAAAAUGUAAUGGGAGUUAUCUUGCACAUGAAAUGUUAGGGGCUGCAAUAUUUACUGGCUAAAUAUAAUCUUAAUCUCUAGUCAUUGUCUUAGGCUUUAAAAAAAAAACAGGACACUUUCAUAUAAAUUUAUUUACCUGUUAUUCUAUGAAAAGGAUUCAUAUCUUGGGGCAAAAUAUUAUUGUUAUAUCCAUGCAUAAAUACUUUUUGUAUAACAAAUGGUUUCAUUUUUAUUUCAUGCAGUUGCGAUGGAAAUAUGUAUUUGAAUUUUAUGAAUAAUUUUGUGUGUAUUUCAUGUUCCUUGAGAUAUGUAAUAUUGUGAGUAAGUAUGGUUGGUGAGGAUACAACAUACAUACAUGUGCUAAAAUGUAUGUACAUGCAAUAGGAUGAAUGAUGUUGAUGUAUAUAUAGUUAAUGUAUGAAUGAGGUGCACUCUCUCUGUUUUAGCAUGCAAUAUGGUGGGAUUUAUUUUUGUAUGAACCUGCCAUCAACUUCCUGUUUAUCCGUAACAAAUUUUCACAUGAGAGCAUAUGUAUACAUGUAUUCACAUCAGAGUGGGGGUAUUACUUGUGAGAAUUGGCCUACAGACUUUUUGUUUGUUUGUUUUUGUAUUUUUUUUUUUGGGGGGGGGGGGGUCCAUAGAAAUGCCAAAAUACCAAUAAGAAUGUCUAAUUUUCGAAUACUUGCUCAGUGUUUAUGGUUUUAAUUUUGUUUUUCGAUAUAGGGGAAUUAUGUUGGAAAUUAAAGUAAGUGUGUGAUGUUAUUUAUUUACUGUGAAAGGGUGUUUCACAGACAGAUCUUAUAUACAUGUACCUGUUUGUAACGAACAGUUUUAUAUACAUGUACCUGUUUGUAAAGAUCCCAAAUCAGUCAUAUUGUAAUUAAUCAGCAAUGCUGAUUUUUAACAUAGUUUGUACAUGUAUAUGGGUCUUCCUGAUUCAUGUAUUUUGAUUGAUACUAUAAAUAUAUCUUCUCUGGAA